CGCUCGUAAAAAUGAAUGUAUACCUGUGGCUCUAAUGAAUCUAGAAAUACAUAAAAGAAUGAAUGUUUGAUUCGAUUUUUUUUAAUAAAAUUGUUGAUACAAAGUUUAAUUGAGACUAAACAAAAUCCCGCAACUGAUCGUGCCACCGGCACCUAUGGCAUGUGCAGUUGUUUGAAAUUGCAAAUCUCCUUACGCUCGUUAUACGCCACCACCCAGAUUUACCUUCAGUCCUUCAACUUCCCCUGAUUCCAGUAAACCAUCACUUAUCUUUCUUUGGAAUCCAGAUUCAUUCAUAACAUCGAUCCAUCAGACAGAUCCACAACCAUCAACAAUGGCAACUGAUCGUUCGUUGGUCACGGAGAUCGGUCCGGAUGGUCUCGUCCGCGAAUCGCCUGUCAUCGCCCACACCGAGCGGAUGAUCGAAGAGGAGCAGCUUCAGUUGAGAAAAUAUAUUGAAGAGAAUUAUUCCAAAAUCCGUGAUGUUGAGCGAGAGCUUACAGGUCUCACAAUGGAGAUGAAACUCACAGCAGGACCAAAGAAAGCUGCACUUGAACAUAUGAGGAAGAAAAUUGAAAUGUCAACAGAGAAGAUUCGUCUUGCUAAGUUGAAGGAAGAAGAGGCAAAAAAGGCUUUGGAAGCUGCAUCAAAGGCAGUGAAGGAUGAAGAAGCACUGAAGCAGAAACUAUGUGAAGAUUUGAAUAAUUUGGUCCAAGAAAGCAGUAGCUCUCAGUUUGCUAGACUAGAGGAACUAAAAAGGCGGCUGGAAGCUUUGAAUCCAAGAAGGGCAUCUGCAUUUUUGGGAGCUGGGACAAAUCCAGUGGAACCUGCAUUGAAUUUGAGGAGGACAGGUGUGGAUGUAUCGGUUCCUUCUAACAGUAACAGUAAUAGUAUGGAAGCUGCAGCUACUACUAUUACAGAAUCAUCUAAUAAUAAUAAUCAUAAUAAUGAAAAGACAAGCGGAGAUGUACAAGAAGGGAUGACGAGGGGUAAAAAGAAAAAUGCAAUCCAAGGGCAAGGGAGAGCUAAUAAUAAAGGUCAAGGAGGAGGAAUUGGAGCAAUACCCAAGAGAGGAACCAGUUGGACUGGUGCUGGCUUUGACUAAAUUUUCUUCCAGGUCCAUGACACCACUAUAACUACAACUUACAAGAACAAGACAUGUCCUCCUCGUCCUGCUUUUUUGUCAAUACGCAUCCACAUCCACCGCAGCUCUAAUUCAUACAUGGUGAAUGGAUCUGGUUUGGUAGCGGUGGUCCAUGGAGUAUAAUUGCAUGAUUAACGCCGGUUGGUUCACUGCUGCCCAGAAAACUGGUAGUCCUACUCGUACAUAUUCAUAUUCAUAUUCAUAUUCAGUCAGUCAGACCCUUUUCAUUGCCUUCUAUUCUUUUACAUCACUUUUUUCACAUUUUUAUUAUUUUUAUUUUUUACUUUAAUCUAACCUAACUUUGCUUCAACUCUUUUAUACUAAUAAUAUUCGUCGAAAACUUUUAUUUAUAUCAUGAAAAAGUAUAAGUACCUAUUAAUUAAAGUCUAUCUAUAUACGUUGUUCAAAAAUAAAGCACUGUAAGACCAAAACUGAUAUUUACCACUGCUACUGCAUUAACAAAUAUUACAAAAAUCAAACCAAAAAAAAGACUAACUUCGGUGAUUGAAUUUGUAGAUCUUUUGACAUAAACAAGUUAUUUUUCCUUGAAAGUAUAAUAAUAUUUUGGUAUUUAUGCCACAAGUCAUUUUUUCUAAUUUGACACCGUUUUUAUUUUUAUUAUUAUUAUUAUUUAUGCAAGAACCACAUUAUUUUAACUGUUUUAUGUUAAUUCUGUCCAUUUUACAAGUUAUAAUAGUUCAUUUAUCAUGUCACAUACCAACAUCACAUAAACAAAAUCAAAUUGUCAUUUCACGCUCAAAGCAACCCGAUAACCUAGAAAUGGGCUAAAUUGACCAAAAAAAAAAAAAAAAAAAAAAAAAAAACUAUUGUUAUCUUA